AUGUUCGGUCGACGCCGACAGCGUCGCAACCGCACGACUUUUACUCCUCAGCAGCUCAGUGAAUUGGAGUCGCUAUUCCAAAAAACUCACUACCCUGAUGUGUUUUUGAGAGAGGAAGUCGCGCUACGAAUCAGCCUUUCGGAAGCAAGAGUUCAAGUGUGGUUUCAAAAUCGGAGAGCAAAGUGGCGUAAACAAGCGCGCCUUCAAUUACUUCAAGACGCGUGGAGAAUGCGUUGCCUCGGUUUGGGAACACCGCCAUUAGGAAUGCCAGGCCAUACAAAGCCACCAGAGUCUUCGCCAGAAGGAGGCGAAUCGCCUAAUGAUAAAGAUUCACCAGAGCCGUCACCUGCCAUGGAUAACAACGGCGAAAUGAAAUCGCCAAGGCCGGAUACAUACCAUCAUAACGGUAGUAUGUCAGAUUCCAUGCCACCGCCGGUUCAUGACAUGCCUCCACCUAUACCGUAUGGUAACGAUGAUGGAAGAAUGAUGCAACAGCCAUUCCCAUUCCCGCCUUUACUGAUGCCUCAACAACUUGAUUCUGAAAUACUCCCAACUGAUUUAAGAGUCUUGUCUUCCAAAAACCCCAGCAAUUGUCACUGUGCACCGUCAGGCCAAGAUAUGGAUGAACCGCAGAAUUUGGCUUACAGACCAAGACAAGACGCGAAAGAUAUGAGUGACAGUGACAGUGAUGCGGAAAUUGAUCUAACAUCGCAUUCGUCUAAAGACGAUGAUCUGCGUGAUUCGGAACGAUUGGCCAAUAGAAUAGCCACAAGCAUCUUUAGAAGUGAUACCGUUUUACAUGAUCUCGUGCCGAAUGAUCUCAGUCUUGGUGCUGUAAAGAAUAUAAACGAGAGAAAUAUGAAUAGAAAUAACAUAUCUAUGUGA